GAACUAAAACUUCCAUACAAAGUUAGGUUCAAGCCAUGUAUCGAGUUGCUUGUAGUGAUUUCAUUUCUUAUUCUAUGGUUUCAUUUCCUUUAUAGGUUUAACAAUGUCUUACUUGGAUGAUCAUAAACACCUCAAAAUUGAAUUAAAAGUUAUACAGGAGGCCACAGACUGUUUCCGUAAUAGCCCAAUCGGAAUUGGUGGGUUUGGAGUUGUGUACAAAGCUGAACUCUUUCUGCGGGAGGGACCAACAGUGGUUGCCAUCAAACGCUUAGAUCGUAAAAAUGGACAGGGAGAUGUGGAAUUUUGGAAGGAAAUCACAAUGCUUUCUGAGUUGCAACAUGAAAAUUUGGCCACUCUCUUACAGUUUUGCAGUGAGGAUAAAGAGAGAAUCCUUGUAUACAAGUAUGCAUCUCUUGGGAGUCUUGAUAAAUAUCUAAGUGAUACUAGGCUCACUUGGACCCAACGUCUCAAGAUAUGUAUUGGGGCUGCAAAGGGAAUUGCCUAUCUUCAUGAUCCGAGGAAGACGCAACACAGGGUUCUUCAUCGAGAUAUCAAAAGCUCAAAUAUCCUUUUGGAUGAUAAAUGGACUGCAAUAGUAUCUGAUUUUGGCCUAUCAAAAAUUGGUCCCGCUAAUCAACCACGUUCAUAUGUCGUGUCUAAUGCUGUAGGUACACCGGGAUAUUGUGAUCCAGUGUAUUUUGAGACAGGUAUCCUAUCAAAAGAGUGUGAUGUGUACUCUUUCGGGGUGGUGUUGUUUGAAGUAUUAUGUGGCAGAUUAUGCUGCGUAUAUGAUAAGAAUCAGAUCAAAAGCAUUUUGGUGCAGCAGUGGAGAAAAUGUUAUGUUGAAAAUAGAUUGGGCGACAUUAUCUUUCCUGAUCUGAAGGAACAAAUUGGCCAGGAGUCUUUGUUGACGUUUUCAGCCAUCGCAUAUCAAUGUUUAGAUAGAGAUCACACAAAAAGACCAAAUAUGGUAGAGAUACAGAAUAAACUUGGGAUUGCACUUCUUCAACAAGAUACUUCUCAACAUCAAGCCAUUGUGGCCAAGACACCGAUGUCCUACAGAUUCAUGGAAGAGUUUCAGCACCUCAAAAUCUGUUUGGAAGAGGUAAAAUGGGCCACCAAUAACUUUAAUGACAAGAAUGUUAUUGGUUUUGGUGGGUUUGGGAAAGUAUACAAAGGAGCACUCAAUCUAGCUGCAGUUGGAAACCGAAUAGUCGCUAUUAAGAGAUUAGAUCGUAGAUACGGGCAAGGGGAAGCUGAGUUUUGGAAAGACGUCAUGAUGCUUUCCAGAUACAAACAUGAAAAUCUUCUCUCUCUUAUAAAAGUUUGCAACGAACAUGAAGAGUCGAUCUUAGUAUAUGAGUAUGCAUCUCUUAUGAGCCUCGAUUGCCAUCUUAACAGCACUCAUCUCACAUGGAUCCAACGCGUGAUGCUAUGUCUUGGGGUUGCGUGUGCGUUGAACUAUCUUCAUGGUCCUUCAGAGAAACAAGUAGGAGUUGUGCAUCAAGACAUUAAAAGCUCAAAAAUACUUUUGAUAGAUAGAUUGAAUGUUAAACUUUCUGGUUUUGGAAUGUCAAAAGUUGUCACGGGUAACGAACUACAAAAUCAUCCCAUCUCUGAUGAUAUUGUUGGUACUCCUGGGUAUUGUGAUCCGGCAUAUUUUGAGACAGGCAUCCUAUCAAAAGCGUCUGAUGUGUACUCAUUUGGCGUGGUGUUGUUUGAAGUGCUGUGUGGGAAAAUUUGCUACGAAUAUAUUAAUGGGCAAAUGAAAAUUUUAGUUCCUACAUGGAGAAAAAGCUAUGAAGAGCAGAGAUUAGAUGAUAUUAUAUUUUCUGAUCUAAAGGGACAAAUGUACUCGGGUUCUUUAGAUACGUUUUCAUCCAUUGCUUAUCAAUGCGUGAGGAAAGAUCCACAAGAACGACCAACCAUCGCCAAGGUCAUGAAAGAACUCGAGGUAGCACUUCAACAACAAGAGCAUUUUGAAGAAAUGAUGAGUAUAGAAAAUCUUGUGGUAUCUAGAUCUCUGAUAUCAAGCGCAUCCAAUAACCAACCUCUCAUGCAGUUUCCUGAAGGAGUUCUUGUUGGAGAUGGCAAUACGUGGCUUUCAAAGCAUAAGAAUGGAAAAGUUUGUGAAAUAAUAUCUGCAUUAUUAUGCAUCUCUGGGGACUCACUCAUACCUGAUAGCACCGAAAAUUCAAGGUUCGCAAAUGUCUUGAGGGGAGGUAUACAAAAUGGUUUCAAAGUGAAGGCAAGAACUCAAUUCUUGUCGCCAAAGGUCACAUACGCCGUAAGUCUUGUCUUUAAUCAUAAUGCUGCGGAUCUUGGGACACGACAUAUACCCUUUAAGUUCAAAAUGGAUACAGAGAGUCAUUAUUCAAAUCUAUGUAUUACACAUGCAAGAGAAGAUGGAUGGCAAAUGAUAGAACUAUGCCAAUUUACAAGCGACAAAAGAGAAAAUGAUAUUGGGUUUGAGUUCUUGCCACUCUUCACAAUCACUUCCUCAAGCAUUGAGUAUGUUGUUGAAGGAAUUGAAUUUCGGCCCGUUGAGUAUGUAAGUUGACAAAAUAGAUGUAUUUGCACAUAUACAUUCAUUUCAGUCUUGUUGACAAAAUAAAUGAAUUUCGGCCGGUUGAGUAUGGAUCAGUAUAUCUACCCUUUAAAUUUAAAUUCGAUGUAGAGACGCAUUAUUCCAAUUCAGGCAGAGCAUACGUGAGAGAAGAUGGAUGGUUAAUGAUAGAACUAUGUCAAUUUACAAGUUGCAGAAAAGAACAUGAUUUCGGAAUUGAGUUCUUACCACUGUUCCUAAACAAAACUUCCUCAAGGGUCGAGUAUUUUCUUGAAGGGUUGAAUUUCUACCCGUUGAGUAUGUAAAUUGACCAACAACAACAACAGGACCUAGUCCCUACGCGGGGUAUGAGGGAGGUAAGUUGUAGACAGUCUUACCUCUACACAAAGGUAGAGAGACUGCUUCCAUAGGGACCUCCGGCUACAAAGGAUUGCAAGACGAAAAAUGAGAAAUGUUUAGAAAAUCAUAUCUGUCUGCCGAGAAUCUGAAAAGAAGAAAUACCUGUCUGCUGUGUCCGGCUACUAUGCGGGUCGAACAAGUAUCAAUUAUGCGUCCUACCGAUCUCUUAGAAACAUGUAAAUUGACCAAAUAUAUACUAUUUACUUGUAUGCAUUUAUUUCACUUUUCUUAAUACCAAGUUGUUAGGUUGACUUAAGUAA